ACUAUUAUCAUCACUCUCAGCCUUCUGCUGCACCUUCUAACAUUGUUCCCACUAACUUCUAUGUGUCACCUUCGCACCUAAACACCUCUGGAAUGUGCUUUGGUGUUGGGGAGAACAGUGCUUUUCACUCUCCUUUGGCCAUGAUGCCACUUAAGUCUGAUGGGUCACUUUGCAUAAUGGAAGCUCUUAGCAGGUCACAAACCCAAGUUAUGGUGCCAACUUCUUCUCCAAAACUUGAGGACUUUCUUGGUGGUGCAACUAUGGGAGCUCAAGAUUAUGGAGGCCAUGAAAGAGAGGCAAUGGCUCUAAGUCUCGAUAGCAUCUACUACAACAGUCAAAAUAUAGAACCUCAAGCCAACAGAGACCAUUCUUCAUCCUUGGACCUUCUUUCUGAUCCCUUCAGGCAUCAACAAUCCCAUCCAUAUUACUCAGGACUUGCGUGCCAUGGCAUAUAUCAGGCACCAUUAGAGGAAGAAACCAAGCAAUCCCAUGUCACGGUUUGCAGCUCCCAAAUGCCUCAAGUGGUGGAAGAAGGCAUUGCUUGCUUCAAAAACUGGGUGCCCCCAAGAGAGUAUUCUUCUUCUCUUGAGCAGCAUCAAGUGAAUAGUAGUACUCUGGGGGAUAAUGAUCAUGGUGCUUCUGGGUCAGUUGGUGUUGGCACAGUAGGUUGUGGGGACUUGCAGCCUUUAAGCUUAUCUAUGAGCCCUGGUUCUCAGUCAAGUUGUGUCACUGUUCCAACUCAGAUCUCACCAUCUGGAACUGACUCUGUGACUGUGGAUGCCAAAAAGAGAGGACCUGCUAAGCUUGGUCAGAAGCAACCUGUGCAUAGGAAAUCCAUUGACACAUUUGGGCAAAGAACUUCUCAGUAUAGAGGUGUGACAAGGCAUAGAUGGACUGGUAGAUAUGAGGCGCAUUUGUGGGAUAACAGUUGCAAGAAGGAAGGGCAAACCAGGAAAGGAAGACAAGUUUAUUUGGGUGGUUAUGAUAUGGAAGAGAAAGCUGCAAGAGCCUAUGAUCUUGCGGCUCUGAAGUAUUGGGGACCCUCAACGCACAUAAACUUCCCGCUUGAGAACUACCAAGCUGAACUUGAAGAAAUGAAGAACAUGAGCAGGCAGGAAUACGUGGCACACUUAAGAAGAAAGAGUAGUGGGUUUUCAAGGGGUGCCUCAAUGUAUAGAGGGGUGACAAGGCACCACCAACAUGGCAGAUGGCAAGCAAGGAUAGGCAGAGUUGCAGGAAAUAAAGACCUUUAUCUAGGGACAUUCAGCACUCAAGAGGAAGCAGCUGAAGCAUAUGAUGUAGCAGCAAUCAAGUUUCGUGGGGUAAAUGCAGUGACCAACUUCGACAUAUCUAGAUACGAUGUUGAAAGAAUCAUGGCCAGCAAUACCUUGCUAGCUGGAGAAUUGGCAAGAAGAAACAAGGAAAGUGAACCAAGAACCGAGGCCAUAGAGUACAAUGUUGUUUCAAGCCAACAAAUUAUAAGCAGGGAAGAAGUUGAAAAUGUGAACAACAAUGAAAACGGGUCAUCUGAUUGGAAGAUGGGUUUGUAUCAGUCUCCACAACAAGAGUCAAAGAGCUGUGACCAAAAAUCCAUGAAGUGUGGAAAUUAUAGAGGUUCUGCUUUCUCUGUGGCCCUACAAGAUCUCAUUGGGAUUGACUCAGUAGGAUCUAGCCAAGGCAUGCUAGAUGAGUCUACUAAGAGAGGGACUCAUUUUUCAAACCCUUCCUCUCUGGUGACUAGUUUAAGCAGCUCAAGGGAAGGUAGCCCUGAUAAAACGGGUCCCACAUUGCUACUUCCAAAGCCUCCAAUGGGAUCAAAGAUUGUUAACAGUAGUAGCUCCAUUGCAAAUGGGGUUAGUACUGUUAACUCUUGGUUUCCCUCUCAACUGAGGCCAGCUACUACUAUCUCAAUGUCUCACUUGCCAGUUUUUGCGGCUUGGAGUGAUGCAUAGGGUUUGAAUAUCUGUGUAAUGUAGCCUCUAAUAUUUUGUCAUGUGUUUAACAUUUGCAUGUGGAGGGGCAGAAGAGAAAUAGUUGGUGAGGGAGAAAAAUGAAAAGAUGGGGUUUUAAAGGUUCAGAAUAUAUGUAAUUUUAAAAAGACAUCAGUGCAGGAAUUUUGGGUAUUAAUUAAGGGCAUGUGG